AUGAAACCCCCUCAGCUGCUGGCUGGGGAAGGCUCCUGGGCUCACGAGGUCAAGCAGGCCCUCCGUGAGAAACUCCGGCGCUCCUACGGCGCCGCCGCCACACCGGCGGCCAGGCUGGCCAGCGAAUCGAGCCGUGGCGCUGACUGCCGCGGCUCGGCUGCCGAGGACCCCAUAAGGAGAGUCAUGUUCUUGGCUCCCUGGGGUCACACAUAA